UAAUGUCUAAUAACAGUUUGUCAAAAAUCCUAUCUGUAAAUUUAAGUGAUGUAAUAAGAGGUUCAUGUGCAUCUUUAACUGAAAUUGAAUCCUAUUUUAAAACUUUUGAUCAAAACAAUAUUUCUGAAGCAUUUGAUGCUACUAAAAACAAACAAAAAGUUAUUACUGCUAAUGAAUGGUCUGCAUUUACUGAAAAGUUUUAUAAUUUACAAGUAGAAUCACAAUUAGGCUUUAAAAAUUUAAUUAUAUAUUUGGGCGAAGAAAGAAAAAAAAACGAACUUAUUGGUAAACCAACCGGUGAAAGCUUGGAUUUCUUUUACUUAAAAAGUGCAAUUAAAAAAUACAAUGAAAAAAAAUACAGUUCAGCUUACGAUUUAUUUCGACAUCUUACUAGUAAAGGAGCAGUAGACAGAACUGGAGAAGAGGCAAUUCAAAUAUUUAUAUGCUGCUUUGGUGUCACUCAAUUUCUUGAAAGAUGUAAUAAAUAUAGUGAUGCAUUAAAGGUUUAUGGAUUAUUGGAUUCUGAAACUAAGUUAUAA